CGUGAGAAUCCUUUCAGCUUUUUAGAGAAACGUGAGAAUCCUUUCAGCUUUUUAGAGAAACGUGAGAAUCCUUUCAGCUUUUUAGAGAAAUGUGAGAAUCCUUUCAGCUUUUUAGAGAAACGUGAGAAUCAUUUUAGUGUGUAGUCAUUUCCAAGUAAGUGUCAUAAGUGUGUGGAUUUUACAUAUAUAUUGACAUACGGUGGUAACAUAUAAUUUACUACCUCAGACCAUUUGAAUUCAGUAUAAUACACAACCUUUGUUAAGAAUGUCUAUCCGAUCCGCUGCCUAUAACCACGAUGAAGAUAUCCUUCUAUGUAGGGUUUAUAUCGAAACUUCUGAAGAUCCAAUUAUUGGAGUGUACCAAUCAAGUGACCGAUUGUGGUCUCGUAUUGAAGAUGCUUUCAACAAAGAAAAAUUGGAGCAUUGGGAGAUGCGUAGUAAGAGAUCUAUGCAAUCCCGACUUGACACUAUCCAAAAAGCAGCAAGAAGACUUCAUGCUUGCAUAAAACAAGUUGAAAAUAUGCAUCAAAGUGGUGCUUCAAAUGAAGAUAUUAUGCUCAAAGCUAAAGUGUUGUUCACAAAAGACACGAAGUUCAAAUCAGGUUGGAAGUUCGAUCAUGUGUGGGAUAUUGUAAAAAAUUUUGAAAAAUUUAAAGAUUGUUCUUCAAGUAGCAGGAGAAAUCCAUCUUUCAACUAUCCCUCUUCCGAGUCGGAAAAUCCAACUCCAGAUUCUGUUGGGCAGGCAUCCCCCGGCGUCUCCUCCUUUUCUAUUAACCUAAACGAUUCAGUAAUUGGUUCUCCGUCAGAAAGACCUAUUGGAGUGAAAAAGGCAAAACUGAAAAGAAAAAGUGAUGAUAAUACAUCACUGCAUAUAAAUGGUAUGCAGGAAACAAGUGAAAAAAUGGUUGAAGAACUAAGAAGGAUAAAUGAACAAAUGCAAUAUCAUAAUGCAUUGAAAGAGAUAAAGGAAGAAAAUAAAAUUUUAUUGAAAGAUUCGAGUAAAAUAAGAGAUCCACAGCUUCGAACAUUUAUUGAGGCUGAACAAGCACGAAUAAUGGAAAAAAGAGCUCAAAAUCAAGAUCAACCAGAUCCAUUCGCGACGGGUACAUUUUCAGGAUAUUUCAAUAAUCUUGGAGGAAGUGAUGCUAAUUUAUCAGAUUAUUAAUUAUUGUAUUAUUUAUGUUGUAAUUUUAAUUAUUGUAUUAUUUAUGUUGUAAUUUUAAUUAUUGUAUUAUUUAUGUUGUAAUUUUAAUUAUUGUAUUA